AUGGCCAGUAUGCGAGCUUUGCUGCCUGGUCUACUGGCAAUUCUGCCUUACUGUUCGGCCCAGUAUGCCGACUUCUCCAUUCCAUCGACUUUUACUAAUUGGGACAAUGCACUCUGGGAAUUGAGCACAGAUAGCCUAAUCCAAGGUCAAUAUCAGUCGCGUGCUCCAAUGGGCAAUGGAUACAUCGGAUGCGGACUCGCUGCUGCCGGUCCUUUCUUCGAGGCAGAUGUCAACUUGACCGAUCCUAAUGGUGGUAACCUACCAAUCAACGGCUGGCCCUUGGAUAAUCCGAGGCAGACCUUCUGUACCGUUUCAGGUUUCUUCAACUCUCAGAAAAACACCACUAGAACCAACUUCCCAGAACUGCUUUUGAAGGGUGGAGAGAGUGUGAUUGCUGGUAUCCCCAACUGGCCGAACCUCAUUCUUGAAGUUGAGGGUGCCAUUCUGAAUGCGUCGGUGGACAGUUCCGCCAUUUCAGACUUCAGCUCUACCAGAUCCUUGAAGAAUGGACUACAGACAUGGAACUACACCUGGACUCCGAGCUCAAACUCCAGUUUGUCUGUGUCUUAUGAGAUGUUUAUGGACCGCUCUCAGCCCAACGUCGCUGCCGUCCGGCUUUCGGUUGUGUCUUCUUCUUCAAUCAAUGCUACUGUCACCGAUCUCAUCGACGGAAGAGGUGCUGUUCGAUCCGAUCCUCAUUCCUCAGGUACACUUGACAACUCUACCACGAUCUACUCUGCAGUGUCCCCACACUGGCUUGGAAACAUCACUGCCUGGAUAUUCUCGACUGUAGAGGGUCCAGGUCUUGAUGUGGCGUCUCGCACAAACGCUUCUUCCAGCUUCUACCUCCCUUCGAACGAUAGCACUAUCGGACAGUCUUGGAACAUAGAGCUGAAUGCUGGUGCUGCUGUCACCAUCACAAAAUACAUCGGUAUCGCGUCUUCUGACGGCUUCAGCGACCCACAGGCUGUUGCACAAGACGCAUCCUUGCAAGCCUCCCAAGCCGGCUUCGACAAGCUUUUCCAAGGCAGCGCACAAGCAUGGGCCGACCUUCUUACAGAUGAUAUGGUCGAUGACUACACCCUCCCCGAUGGCUCUCUUCCGGACGAUCAAGAUGUAGUCGAUAUGCAGAUCAUCUCGAAGGCAAACGCUCAUUAUCUGCUUCAAAAUCUUCUCCCCGAGGACGGAGGCGAUCUGAACCACUGGUCGAUCAGCGUGGGAGGUCUUGGCUCUGAUUCCUAUGCUGGGUUGGUGUUUUGGGAUGCCGAUAUCUUCAUGUCACCCGGAGUUUCUGUUUCACACCCCAAAUAUGCGGCUCAGAUCCCCAAAUAUCGUGUGAUGCUAUCACCGCAAGCAGCGAUCAACGCCGAGGAGAAUGAUUUCUCUAGCGAGGCUAUUAUCUACCCUUGGACGAGUGGCCGUUUCGGUAACUGUACUGGUACUGGACCUUGUGUUGACUACCAAUACCACUUGAACAGCGACAUCUUCCUGAACAACCUGCUCUAUUGGAGAGUCACUGGAGACGACAGCUGGUUCAAGGAUCAGGCCAUUCCCGUGAACGAUGCGAUUGUGCAGAUGUUCUCCGAACUGGUCAAGUACAACCAGACUGUCGAUGGAUACUCGAUUGCCAACCUAACUGAUCCAGAUGAAUAUGCUAAUCAGGUUCCCGAUGGCGCUUACACGCUUGCCUCAGUCGCAAAGAUCAUCGAGUGGACCCAGGGAUACUCUGAGGAAUUCUCAGUGAACGUCGAGUCCAACUGGUCAUUGAUUGCAGAAAAUGUUGCCUUGCCUUUUGCGCCGUCUGGAAUCUUGACAGAGUUUCUCGGAGCAAAUAACACGGCAGUAAUCAAGCAAGAUGAUGUUGACUUGAUCAACUACCCCUUGGAUUACAGCUCGGAGAACUACACUAGAGAAGAUAAGCUCACCUCGCUGGACUACUACGCGGUAAAGCAAUCUCCCGACGGACCUGCAAUGACUUACAGUCUUUACUCGAUCUCCGCAAACGCACUCUCCCCAUCUGGCUGUUCUUCAUUCACAUACGCAUUAAACGGAUUUAAAGCAUACACCCGUGCGCCUUGGUAUCAAUUUUCCGAGCAGCAGGUCGACAACUUCACCCUCAACGGCGGCACAAACCCGGCGUUCCCUUUUAUGACUGGAGCUGGCGGCUGGCAUCAGGUCGGCCCAAUGGGAUGGCUCGGUGCCCGAGUGGUAGAGGAUCAACUCAUCCUCCAGCCAGCUUUGCCACCUCAGAUCCCUUAUGUCAGCCUCCGCACCGUCAUCUUUGGCGGAGCAGGAAUCAAGGCCACCAUGAACUACACUCAUACCAAUCUGACUCGGAUGGACGUUUCCACCUAUCUGCCACCAAACAGCAGUGACAUCUACGGAAACCAGUCUAUGCCGAUCACCAUCGGCUUUUCCCUCGAAGAAGGCCGUAAUAUCAGCAUAGCACUUGGACAGACGGUGACGAUCGAGAAUCGUGUAUACUUUGACAAUCUGACCACACCCGGAAACCUCGUCCAAUGCUUGCCGGUCACUUCAGAAGGAGAAUAUCAACCAGGCCAGUUCCCUCUUGCAGCCGUUGAUGGAGCAGCCAGUACUCGUUGGCAACCUAGAAACCGCCAGCCUGCGAGUUUGACUGUCGAUAUGCAGAACGUGGACUAUCAGCCAUUGACCGGUGUAUCGUUUGAUUGGGGAAGCCGUCCACCAACGGCAGCCCGCGUGCUCGUCUACAACUCCACAAGCGGAUCAAACAGCAGUCUCACAGAUAUUCGGACGGCAGUAUUCUCUGAUAUCACUAUUUCAAUGCCGUACAAUGCUGCUACCAACGACAUUGUCCAGGAGUACACCGGUAAUAUGUCGUACUUCAGAUUCUCGACUCCAAUCUGGUCAGGACAGUAUGUUACACUCGAGAUCAGUGGCUGUCAAGCAACAGGAGACCAGCUGGGCGCUACAGUAGCCGAAUUCAAUCUGCUGGGCGCCAAUGGUACAAGUGUGGUUGGAAGCGGUGUUGGUACCAACGGAACGUCGUCGAACACGACUACAAGCAUUGUGACUCCGAGCUCAACAAGAGGAUCAGUAAGCUCACUGGCAACCGCAUCGAUCACGGCUACACGAACCCCAAGUUCUCCAUCGCUUCUUGCAUCGAACACAGGCUUCAAGUCCGUUGGUGGAUCGGGACUCUUGUGGCUACUUAGCGGCGUUGUGAUGGCGAUGGCCAUGCUGUAA